AUGGUAAAAGACUUCUCUAAAAUAGAUUGGUGUAAGUAUAUUCUAAAUUAUUUGGUCAGCAGAAAGCAGCUGUGGAGAAGGGAUGAUAAGACAUGGUAUUACAGUGCACCUAUACUCAUUUUGACGCUGGUGUAUGUAUAUAACAUGAAGUUUACAGGAUUGAAGAUAGUUAAGAGACAGCUACUAGAAAACUUUGAAAAUAUUGAUGGUGAUGAAGAAAUGGUUGAUGGAUAUGAAAUGUCGGAUGGGCUAAUGAGAUUGUAUGGGGAUGAGGAUGCAUACAUAGUUGUUAUAGAGCAUAACUAUGGAAUAAUAUUGUGCGAGAAGAAGAAUAUUGAAAAAGCUCUAAAAAAUGGAAUUGUGAAAUUCCCAGACAGCUUGAUGUUGAAGGAGUUGAUUGUGAAAAUCGGGAACAAGGUAAAGAAGGAUGAAAUGGCAUUAUACAAUUCAGUUUUUGCAUCAAAAAGAGAUUAUGGGGAAGAGAUAUGGAACAUUGGGAGCGGUCAUGUGUUGCAUCAAGGAUUCGCAUAUCAUUUUAAAAGCAACACGUUUAUUCAUGUGAUAAUGAUUGACUGUUGCUCAUCAUUACUCAACAAAAUGGAAGAACUAAGGGAUGUAGGAUUGGUUUCUAGGAUUUUCUUCGACACAAAUUUUUUGGCAGAAGAGAUAUUAGGUGGAUCAAUGUCAUCUGAUAGAACUCAAAAAUUGUUUGAUUCAAUGUUGAUACUACACCUUAAAAGUCUACCAAAACCGGAAAAUCUUAAAGAUAUUGGACAGGUUUUCUUCCCAAUAGUUAAUAAGAGUAAAUAUUAUCUGAUAUGCUUUGAUCUAAGGGUUCCAACUUACUACAUUAUAGACCAUGUGAACCAAAAUGGUGCUGUUGAGGACAUCUAUGGAACAAAACACGUUCGUGUGGUAUGA